UAGAUGCCGCGUCCAAGUAACGCUUAAUAGCAGUACUUAUAUGAAAGAAAAUUUGUAGUUCUCUCGUCUUUCUUAAGCUCAGCCAACCACUGAGCAGUGAGCAAAACACAACAAGAAGAAGAAGAAUUAUUAAUACUUGGGAUCAAAUUCUGAAGACCAUUUGUUAUUCCACAAGCAGCAAAAAUGGACGGUUACAACAAUGAUACAACGGAUAGAGGGCUGUUCUCGUCAGGCAUGGGAUAUGGAGCUGGACAUCAUAGUCAUGGAUAUGGUGCACAUAAUCCUUCAUAUGGAUAUCCAUCUCAAGGAUACCCGCCUGCUGGCGGAUAUCCGCCUUCAAGUUACCCUCAUUCCGGGUAUUCUCACCAUGGAGGAGCUUACGCUUCUUCAGCUGGUUAUCCUUACGGUUCUUCACACCAUGCAGGCCAUGGUGGCGGACUCUUAGCUGGAGGUGCUGCAGCCGCGGCGGCCGCAUAUGGAGUGAACCAUCUCUCGCACGGACAUCAUAAUUCUCAUGGACAUGGUAUGUAUGGUGGUGGUGGCUAUGGUCAUCAUGGAAAGUUCAACCAUGGAAAGUUUGGCAAUCAUCAUGCUGGCCUCUAUGGUGGUGGAUCCAAGUUCAAGAAAUGGAAGUGAAGAGUUUUUAAUUAAUAUCAUCAUCAAACUCUUCUAUGGAAUGGAUGGAUUAUACUGUAUUUUAGAAGAGUAAUAUGCAGGUUUAUGUUUUAACUUUUAAGUAUGUCGACUUCUGGUUUGUGAACAAAUGGGCCAUCCAGUACUAAUAAGCCCUUAUUUUGCUGGUUUAUAAACAUUUCCAACUUUUAUAUGUAAGUUUAGUUCAUACCAACUUUUUACAUGUAACGUCGAUGUUGCAGUUGAGUAUAGAUGGUUUGAUUUCGAGAUA